GUUUAUGGUCAGACUUGUAGUUCAUUUAAAUCACCAUGUGGUUGUAAUUCUUGCCCAAGUCAAAAUCAGUGCUGUUAGAAAUCGAUCAAGAUGGGUAAAAAGGCCAAGAAAGAAAAGAAAGUUAAAGGAGCGGAGAAAACAGCCGCAAAAAUGGAAAAGAAGGUCUCGAAACGAUCGAAAAGAGAAGAGGAGGAUUUAGAGGCGUUAAUCGCGGAAUUUCAGUCCCUGGAUGCCAAGAAGACGCAAGUAGUGGAAACAGCAUGCGAUUCUCCGUCCAGCAGGCUGCACGCUUCGCUGUGCGCACAUCCCGAAAAAGACGAGUUGAUUUUAUUGGGAGGGGAAUUCUUUAAUGGGAAAAAGACAUUUCUGUAUAAUGACCUUUUCUUCUACAACAUCAAGAAGAACACUUGGGUUAAGGUUGACAUCCCGAACCCUCCCCCGAGACGCUGUGCUCACCAGGCAGUAGUAGUUCCCCAGGGUGGGGGGCAGAUGUGGGUGUUUGGAGGGGAGUUUGCGUCUCCUGAUGGCGAGCAGUUUUAUCACUAUAAAGAUCUGUGGGUGCUUCAUCUGGGAACACGCACAUGGGAGCAAAUCAAAGCUCCUGGUGCUCCAUCUGGCAGGAGUGGACAUCGUAUGGUUUUGACCAAAAGACAACUGCUUGUUUUCGGGGGCUUUCACGAAAGCACAAGGGAUUAUAUCUAUUAUAACGAUGUCCACUCUUUCAAUCUGGACACAUUUACUUGGAGUCGCCUCCAGCCGUCAGGAACCGCUCCCUGUCCCCGUUCAGCCUGUCAAAUGACCCCAACACCUGACGGCAACGGGGUCAUCAUCUACGGUGGAUACUCCAAAUCUAGAGCGAAGAAGGAUGUGGAUAAAGGAACGAUCCAUUCUGACAUGUUCAUGCUGAGGAGGGAGGGCAGAGAAGAGCAAGAGAAGUGGACCUGGACUCGAUUGAACCCGUCAGGAGUAAAGCCUCCACCCCGAUCUGGUUUCUCUUUGGCGGUGGGACCUGGAGGCCGCGCCCUCCUCUUCGGUGGAGUCUGCGAUGAGGAGGAAGAAGAGUCUCUGGAAGGAGAUUUCUUUAAUGAUCUUUACCUUUAUGACAUCAACAAAAACCGCUGGUUUCCUGCUCAGCUUAAGGGCGGCAAGUCAGAAAAAAAGAAGAGGCGUCGAGGAAAGAAGGAAGCGCAGGCCGAUGAGACGGAAGAAGAAGAGAAAGAGGCAGCGCAGGGUCCCAGAGAGAUUAUUAAAGAGAUCGUAGCAGAAGAUGGAACGGUGAUGACCAUUAAAGAAGUGAUUACAGACACACAAACUGUGGAGGAAAGCGAGGAGGAAGACGAGGAGGAGGAAGAAGAGGAGGCGGUUGCAAUGGCUCCCAUGGUGGAGCCCUGUCCUCGCUCCAACGCCAUGGCAACGGUGAAGCACAGCAAGUUGUAUUUGUAUGGAGGAAUGUUCGAGGUGGGAGAUCGACAGUUCACCCUCAGCGAUCUCUACAGCCUGGACCUGCAUAAAAUGGACCGGUGGGAGGUUUUAGUGGAAAUGGAUCCCAAGACACAGGAGUGGCUUGAAGAAUCUGAAUCAGAAGAUGGAGAUGAGGAAGAGGAGGCAAAGGGCGGAGAGGAUGAAGACGAGGAAGAUGAGGAGUCAGAGGAGGAAAGCAAUGAUGAAGAAGAUCCAGAGCACCCGCCAACAGAGCCUGAAGAAACUCUGGCCGAUUAUCAGACCCGGACUGAGAAGUACUGGCAGGGCCUGGCCCGGGCCAACAUGGGUCCUGACGCCAAAGACAAGAAAGUACAAAAGGUCGCCCAUGCCAUGGCCAAGGUGUUUUUUGAGAGUCAGGAAUGAGAUUUUGUAUGCGUGUCACUGGAUUCAAGAAAUGUUAGUCUGUAUUAUAAUAAUGUGUGUGUGAAGCUGUGAGAAGGAGAAUGGAAAUUGUAUGAUGUUACGUACACUGCAAUUAAAAAUGUCUUGACAAGUGAUGAGAUGCUGUAACCUAAUAAAUCAAGUUGAAUUUGCUUUAGUUAUGUCAACUUUAUUUGAUAAGUUACAGCAACUCAUCAGUAGUUAAAAUAUGACUUGAAAAUCCAAGUUGAUUAAAAGUUUAAGUACAAAAAGAUUUUUUAUACAGUGUAUAGGAAAUCUCAGUACUGUGUGUAUGUUGUGCAUGAAAGAAUAAGUGUAUCUUUAAGUUUUAAAACCAGUAACAAAUGUGUCUUUCAGACUAUAUUGAAAGAUUGUCUCAAAAUGUACAUUAUUAUCACUAAAUCUCACUGCCUUGUUUCUCAUCAUCUUGUCUAUGUGGUUUUUGUAACUGUGCGCUUUUACUUGUUAGCACAAAGAAAAUUACACAUAAGAUAAAUCGAGGUGGUGUGAGAUGUUUAUGUAGUAACCCAAAUAAUUUAAAUCUUAGUAAAAUUAAAGGGACACUCCACUUUUAAAAAAAAUAUGCUCAUUUUCCAGCUCCCCUAGAGUUAAACAUUUGAUUUUUACCGUUUUGAAAUGUAUUCGUCUGAUUUCCGGGUCUGGCGCUACCACUUUUAGCAUAACUCA